GAAAUUAAACUUUAGGUUUAGGUAAAAUGUUUGGCGAAGGUGCUAUGUGGGAUGAUUAUGGGAACAAUAAUGAGGACAAGAGCAAAGAAGAACAACCCGAAAGACUUGUGGUAGAUGUGGAUAUACCAAUGCUGAAGGUUGAACCAUUGUCCCCAACAGCUAGUGACUCUUAUGAAUCCCCACAGAGUCCGUUAAGUUUACCAAUUGUUACCCCACUUAAAUUGAAGGAUCCAAUUAUUCUUCUUGAAAAAUGUGAUAAAAUUUGGAAAACCCUCCAGUUAAUAAAAAAUGUACAAAGUAAUGGGUCAGAAAUGAUUACUAGUUCUAUGUCUUCUACUAUAAAAGAUCCACGCAUUACAUAUGAACCAAUACUGGGCAAUAACAACAGUGCACUUCCAAAUUUCAAAUUCUCUGUUAAGAGCACCAAAAAAUUAUAUCAUUGCAAUAUAUGUGGUAAAGAAUACAGUGAAAAUCGAAGUCUUAGGUCACAUUCACAAAGAAUACAUGGAAUAUAUAUACCACCUAAACGUAUACACAAUAAACCAAAACUCAAGGAAAUUGGUAGUGAAAAUAUUACUUCUGAUCUUACUACAAAAGUUACAAGCAUAAAAGUGAAUGAAAAUAAUUUUGAAGAGAAGAAAAAUAAUGUCUCAGAUAAGGAUAUGACCCUAACAACUUAUGAUACCUAUCGUGUUAAAUGUCCACUAUGUAAACGCUCUAUAACAAGCUUGCGAAAACAUUUAACUGAAUAUCAUAAAAUUGGGUGUCCAGGUCUUGUUAUCAAAGAAUUAGAAAAUAAUGCGAUAGAGUCUUCAAAUCUUAAUCUUCAAAAUCUUACGAAAGCAAUGAUUAAUACAAUCGCCUUAUCUGAGAAUUCUGAAAAUGAUAAUAAUAAAAUGAUGCUUGAAGCAGUGAAUCCAAACGAAGUCAAAUCAACAGAGAUUGAAACGUCAAAUGGUAAAAAUGACUCUCAGAAUUUACAGUCAAAAAAAAUGUCUAAAUUCCUAUGCGACAUAUGUUAUGGAGUAUAUGCCAGUAGUAGUUUCUCUAAACAUAGGCGUAUUCAUAGGAAGCGUGGUGAAACUAAAGAUAAUUUUGAUAUUUUCAAUUGUCGUUACGUUAAUUCUCCAUUAAGUAACAAACGGAUAUUAAUGUCAACUGCUUUGCAAAACCAAGAAAAGAGUAAAAUGGAUUUAUUGAAUUCUAUAGCAAAUGACAAUUUACAAAAUCCUAAAUCUAAUGCUAAUAACAAAAAUAAUAAUACAAGAAGAAGAAGACGAAGAAAAGUAAGUAAAAAUAAUCUUGGUAGAUCAUGUAUUUGUGGCAGAACAUUUCGUAAUUAUCAUACUUUAAUGUUACACAAAAAUAGUUGUAAAUUAAGAGAUAACAGUGAAACAGACUCCAUUACGGAAGACAAUCUUGAUCGAGAUUCCCCUAGUGGUAUUAAUAUUAAAAUAAAGAAAAAAAACAAUUCUUAUGAAAUAGUUAACAAAGAAAUCAGCGAUGAAAAUAAAUCUAAGGAUUCUGGCCAUUCCCAUGAUCGUUCCCAUACACUGUCAGACAUUUCAAAAUUAUUUCUGGGAAGAGAUAGUAAAAUAUCUCAAGAAAAGCAUUCACUGGAUGUACUUGAAUCCUUUAAAUACAGCAAAGACCAUAACAUAUUGAAAAUAGAAAUGAUUAAUGAAAACCUUGAUAUUAAUAUAGAAGAAAAUUCGCAUGAUCCUUUAGAUAAUGACAGGAAAGAAAAUAAACAGAUUAAAGAAGAAGAGAUACAUAUUUCCGAGAUACAAGAAGGAAAAGGAAAUGUUGAAGUAGUGCCUACGUAUUUGUGUGAGGCAAUUAUGUCUGAACAAUCAGAAACGACAGAUGAUUCUUCAAAUAUUUUAAAAGCAAAGAAAAGAUCUAUCAGUGCGGAUAACACUGAUAAUCUUAUCAAACCUAAAAAACCAAAAUUAAUAUGUAUAACAAGAAAUAUAAGUAUUUUAAAAAGAAGAAAAGAGAACUUAAUGAAGUAUAAUAGUCAAAAGUUAAUAUGUAAUAUACCAUCAUAUGUGAACACCAUCUGUCCCUGCGGUAUAAUAUUUUCAACUAUGAAUAAUUGCAAUGCACAUAUAGCUAAAUGUCAUCCAUUAUUUCUCCGAUGUGGUUUUUGUACUGAAAGAUUCAAUACUAUUAGCGAAUACAAUAACCACAGAUGUAAUGUGGAAGAGGGAAAGAUGCUUACUGAAUUACAAAUGGAUAUGUCAUGUCCUUUUUGUCACAUUAAUGUAAAAAAUAGAAAUGAAUUUAAUCUACACAUUAAAGCUCAGCAUUUUGAUCCAGAAUUAUCUUAUCAAUGUUACGAAUGCACCAAAAAAUUUGCUAGUAGUAUAGCAUGUCAAAAACACUUUCAAAAAGUACAUGGAAAAUGUUUAUGUAACGUUUGUGGUAAAAAAUUAACAGCUGCAGCAAAACUUAGACACGAAGGAUAUCAUUAUGGUCUUGGUUUUCCAUGUCACAUCUGUAAAAAGACUCAUUCAACUCGAAAAUAUUUAAGAAGUCAUAAAAGAAAUAUACACGGAGACACUCAAACGUUAAUAACAUGUUAUAUUUGCUUAAAGGGAGUUAAGAAAAAAUUAUUUAACCAGCAUCUUUAUGCUCAUACAACUAUAACAUGGUGCAAACUAUGUAAGAAGGUCUGUUCUAAUGCAAGAAUUUUAGAACAUCAUAUUAUAUCGUCUCAUAAAGGCAAGUAUCCUUGGAUUAAAUGCAAUUUUUGUACCAGAAAAUUUAGCAAUAGAAGGUUUCUGGAAACUCAUUUAAAAAGAGAGAAAUGUAAAUGUGACUAUCUUCAAAUUCGAAAAAAAAUUAAAAGGAAUCCAAAGGAUCAUCAUUUACUGCAUAGUUAGUGUUUUAAGGCAAUGUAUUUUUAUAACCUUAAAGCAAUUUUAUUUCCUUGAUAUUUCCUUGAUAUUUCCUUGAUAUUUCCUUAGUAAGGGUAUUACAUAAAAUUAUAUAUUAUAUAUAUAUGUAGUUUUAUUUUAUUUGAUAAAUUGCUAAAUUACAAAUACUUUACAUUUUGAUUUAGACUUAACAAAUUCAUCAUCAAUAUUGUUAAUAUAAAACAGUAUCAUUCCCUUUAUUGAACAUAAUAUUGACCGCUUGUAUGUUGCGCUUAAAUAAAUAAUAUUUUUUAAUAUUAUUAAACAUUCAUGAAUACUUCUAUAAAUGUAAUAUCAUUUAAGAUAAUAAUUAUAGCUUGUGAAGAAUUCAAUCUAUACAUUUUAAUGUUAUAAUUUACUGUACUACUUAAAAAUUACCAAAAUAAUGA